ACGAAACGUCUGGCUUCGGGAAACAUCGACAAUUGCCGUAAACUGAGACUCGGUCAAGGAUGGAGGAAGAGGCACGCAGGCUUCUCGAAGAAGGAAUUAGAAAGAAAUUGAUCAGCCCUGGUAAAGGAGAGCUGUCGACCUUCCCCGAUGGAACUAAGGUGGUCUUUCACUACCGCACCAGCCUCUGUGAUGGCACCGUGUUGGAUGACUCCAGAAAGAUGGGGUGCUGCAGCAAACCCAUGGAGCUCAUCUUGGGCAAGAAGUUUAAACUAGCUGUAUGGGAAAGGAUCGUUAUCACUAUGAGACAAGGCGAAGUUGCAGAAUUUACUUGCGACACCAAGCAAACAGCACUGUACCCGCUCGUGUCCCAGUCCUUAAGAAACAUAAGUGCUGGUAAGGACCCUCUGGAAGGCCAGAGGCAUUGCUGCGGUAUUGCCCAGAUCCACUCCCAUCACUCUUUGGGGCACAAAGACCUGGAUCAGCUUCAAGCCAAUCCACAGCCUCUUGCCUUCACCAUCGAACUGCUAGAGGUUCUUCCUCCCGGAUCAUUUCAGCUGGACGUGUGGGCUAUGUCAGACAAAGAAAAACUUGACUUUGUGCCUCAGAUCCAUGAGGAGGGUAACGCGCUCUUCAAAGAAGGCAAAAUUAAGGAGGCCACAGAGAAGUACUACAAUGGCAUUGCCUGCCUCAAAAAUCUACAGAUGAAGGAGCAUCCUGGAGAUGAAAUGUGGGUAAAGUUGGACCGUAUGAUCACACCACUGCUUCUCAACUAUUGUCAGUGCCUGUUGCUUCAGAACCAGUACUAUGAAGUCAUUGAACACUGCUCCGCCUUGAUCUUCAAAUAUGAGAACAAUGUGAAAGCCUUCUAUAAGCGAGCCAAAGCCCACGCUGCAGUGUGGAAUGAGGCAGAGGCACGAGCAGACUUUGCUAAAGUUUUGGAUCUGGACCCCACUCUGGGACCAUCUGUGGCCAAAGAGCUGAGGACCAUGGAGGAGAGGAUCCGCUCCAAGGAGAAGGAGGAGAAGGGUCGCUACAAAGGCCUGUUUGACUACAAUGCACCACCAGCCACUGCCACUACAGGUUGAAACUCAACAGGUCGGACACAAGAGGAUGCCCAUGAAUUUCAAGAUGGAGGAAAAACAGUAGACACUCCUGGUGUUUUAGUUUUGUCCAUGCAUCCAAGCCAAACUCUGCCAUUCUGCUUUCCAUGGUACACACACACGCGUAAACUGCAUUCCUGCCUUAUUCGUUGAAUCACCCUCUGGCAUAAUGUCAAAUUGAGGCUUUAAUGCUAAAUUUUUCAGCUCUGAACGUUCAAACCCCCACAGGAACCUUAGGUCUCUACUGGUCAGCAGAACCAUUGAUUCAGUGCAUCAGUUUAACAGGCCAGUAAUUUUUUCACAAUCUUUCAUUCUUGGUCAGGGAAGAAUGUUAAGGUUUCUAACACUUUGCGAGAGCUUUCACGAGAUUUGAUACAAGGACUUUUCAUUCCUCCCCGUUGACUUAAUGAAUUUAACUGCAGUUUAUACAGCAAACAUCACAGUAUUGGUAUCGAGUAGGCUAAGCAUGUUUUCUUGCUUUCCAAGAUAAGUGCAAAGCUACCCCUCAAAUUCAGUCAGUGCAACAAGGAAAGAUUACAGCAGAGCCCAGUUCAAGAAAGAAAUCCUCUUCCGUCAGAAAAUCUUGUUUUCUUUUUUUGCACAAGGGAUAUAAUGUACUUAAAUGCAUACCCCUACCCUGCACCGCCAGACCCACUUUUAUAUCCUGGUCACAGCGGAAACACCAUCACUACGUGGUAGGUGGGACAUGAAACCGAACUGUCUGUGACAAUCAUAAAAAAAAACACAUGAACUUGUGUUGUCUUUGCUUUAUUGUAUGUACUUAUAUUUUGUGUAUGUAAUACUACCUUUAUGCUGUUUUUGUGAAGACAUAACCCACAGUAUCUCCUUCACUUGCUUAGAAAGCGCUCCUCACUGUUGUUCAUGUGAAGCAGUGGGUCAUUGGCCCAGGCUCGUCUGAAGUGAGAUGUUGCUGAGGUUGUCAUUAUGUAAUUGAAAAUAAAUUUGUGUUUAUCCUCA